ACCGCAGCUCACUAUAAAAGGUGGAGCCGGUCAAGGCGCCCGGAGCUGCUGACAGGACCAGGUCAGAAGGGGCUCCCUGAGCAGCAGCUGCGGCCGGAGCGCUUGGGGCAGCAUUAAGCAGCAGUUCUCAGCGUGCACUCUCCCCUCCGAGCCCGCCAGGGCCCCUGCCCCGGAGCCCAGCAACUCUCGGCCGCGGUUCACGCACGCAUCUCUGAGGACCCCUUGCCUCACCUGCGCCCGCCACGCCCCGUCCGGCCGCCGGGAUGAGCGAGCUUAACACCAAAACACCUCCAGCAGCCAACCAGGCAUCUGACCCUGAGGAAAAAGGAAAGCCUGGCAGCAUCAAGAAGGCCGAGGAGGAAGAAGAAAUUGACAUUGACCUGACAGCGCCAGAGACAGAGAAGGCCGCCCUUGCAAUCCAGGGCAAGUUCCGGCGAUUCCAGAAGAGAAAAAAGGAUUCCAGCUCCUGAAUGGCCAGGCCUCCCAUUAACCCUUCUACUUCCUCUCUCCCCCCCCCCCACAGCUCUGACUCUCACGUGUCUCAUUCCUUCAUCCCUCUAGCCUCUCCCCAAGGCAAGCUUAACCUUUCUAUAUUCUUGUCUCAGGCUUUCUUAAGCCGUCACAGUAGUAGAGGCACAAGGAUGCGAAGGUGAAGACUCAAGCUGGUAGUCACUAGGCUAAGGGUGGAUCAGUCCAUCUAGGAGAACAGAAGGUUUUGAGAUGUGAAAUUCUCCCCUUAGCCUAGUGCUAAGGGCAGGAGGGGCAAGCCCUCAGAGUGCAGAGCCUCGAGGUGGGGCACAUGUAGGCUUCUGCCAGUUGCACCAUUAGCACUUCAGGUAACACUUUCAGCUCCUUCUGCACACCCCCUCCCAUCUCCCGUGAUUCAGCCCCAGUGCAGCUGCACUUUCUCCUGGGCCAACCUACAUCCAGGAGCUUGUAAAAUGUGGGGUGCAUGCCUUUAGUGUCCCAGACCUUGGAAGGCAGAGGCAGGUGGAUCUCUCGAUGUUCAAGCCAGCCUGGUUGACAUCAUGAGUCCCAGGUUAGCCAAGGCUAUAGAGAGCCUGUCUCAAAACAAAACAAAACCCAAAAAACCUGCCCGUGCAAAAAUAUAAAUAAAUAAAUAAAUAAAUAAAUAAAUAAAUAAAUAAAUAAAUAAAUAAAUAAAUAAGGCAGCUUAAUACAUUAGUGCAUGCUGAGUAGAUUCCUCCCAAGGAAAGAAAACGGGCUGGUAGAGGCAAGGAAGAGCUUCCUUCACCAUCCAGACUGAGGUCAGAAAAGCCGGAGAUAGCAGAAGGUUCAGGGACUACAUACAGACCGGGAAAUGAAAACUGAGAAACGUUUAGGAAGGAAAGAAAAACAGAGACGGUCAAGAUGUCUGAAGCAACACACGAUUGUUGUUAACUAAAUACUCCACGGAGGGGCUCUCUGGCCUUUGCUAACCUGCCUACCUCUUUACCCACCCCCAUCUCUAGUCAUCCCUAGAGCCAUGUGAACCAAGUGACACCUCUAUAGUUCUCAGCCACCCCACUGUGGAGUCAGGGCAAAUGUGGCCACUGUAUGUGACUUUAGCAUGUUUAAUAAUGAUGACAAUAAAAAAAGCCCUUAAAUAGGGGCAUUGAACCUCUACUAGUGGUUUGUGUGGGUACCUCUAGUAGUAGCAUGAGUGUGUAUAUGUGUGUGUGUGUGUGUGUGUGUGUGUGUGCACGUGCGUUUCCCACCUCGGGCUGAACAUGUAAGCCUACACUGGCCCAGGGAGGGUGGUAGAGAAACCACAUAGAUUACAUGGUGGUACAGGAAACUAAUACGGCCUGAGAACAUUCCUGCUGAAGCUAAGCCUGUCUGCCUCCUCCUGCCCUUGCCCUCACCUUGAUUCACCGCCCACACUGUGUCUCUCUGCUGCUGUC